GUGAUGAAAACUGGGUCGCGUUUGUUUCGUCUCGCUCAGUUCUGUAGUUAUCUUCCUUUGAAUUCAUCCUGCGUUACCCUCUCGAAGUAAGGCGUUACCGUACGUUACCGCGUAGUAUGUGCGCAAAAGUUUCUUCAAGGAUGGCAAUCAGAUUUAAGAAUCCUUUAAUGAGCGGCGACUGUGAGACAGAAAAUAUAUCUGCGAAUGUUUGUGAUGAUUUGCCAAAGUUGGAUUACAACCAAAACUUGAUACAGAAGACUGCAGAUAAUGAGGAUAGCUCAAGUCUAAUUUGUAACUGUGACAGGCCUGUCUCUGCAGUUUUCUGUUUGAAAUGUGGGCACAUAUUCACAGGUCGCAUGAGAAAAAUAUGUCAGCGUCAUCCAAAAGUGAUACAUCUCAUGGAUAGCUCACAUUGUCCUAGUUGCAGGGGAACUGCAUUAAAGGAAUAUUAAUAUUAUUUAAUAAUUUCAGCUUUGAUUAUUUUUUUUUUAUCUUUAUUUCCACGGUAUGGUUCAGAUAGUGUGAACUACAGCAAGGCAGAAUAUUUCUCUUGUUAACCACUGCCACCAUCUGAACAAUACUUAACUUGCACGUUUUUUGUUUAUUUUUCUGCUCAUUUCACAUGAUCAUUACCUUUGCUCUCCCUUAUUGGGGGCCUACAGCUCUUCCAUAUCUAACUACUAUUUUUUUCAAGGUGAUUUAUUUCAUAAUAGGAUCAUUUGGUCCUCAAACUAGCACCUGCCCGGGGUUAUUAAGCUAAAGGGAGCGAGCUACCUCUGAUGUGUGGAAUUGACCUCCGAAAAUAUGUUCCUUAUUGAAUUGUUUCAUUACUUAUGUGUGUGUGUGUGUGUUCGUUCAUUCAAAUUCAUUGCCCAUAGGCAUGACAUGUCUUGCAACCUUG